AUGGCCAUCAGCACCAGCCUCAUGGCUUGUCAGCAUCUUUACCUGUGGGGUAGCUGCUUCCUGAUAUACCCACGAGGAAGUCGAGUUUCCGAACAUUCAACUUCGCACACUCCGCUCUACUACGCCUACGGCUUCAACUGCACAACAUCACGACAGCCUGCUUAG